UGCAGAUUGUAUCCUGAUCAUUUAUAGUGCUGUCACUGCUCAUGAGUGUUGAUGAAAUGGGUCUUGCGAUGGUGAUGUCAGUCAGAAUGGCUCCUCUUCUUCCUCUGAUUUUUCUGCUCAUUAUUCACAAGGUUUACAGUAAGGAGGAAGUUGUGAAUUAUAGCCAUCCACACAUCUGUGCACUAAAGAACUCAUCAGUGAUAAUGAGUUGCACUUAUACAUACCCUACUGGAUGUAAGAUUGAGAAAGUGUUCUGGACCAAAAACCCUGUUAAGGGUGCAGAGAAUCCAGAUCUGUCUGUGGAUCCUGAAUACAGUCAGAGGCUUCAGUAUCUGGGAGACAAACAGCAGAACUGCACCAUCAGACUGAGUCAUGUGACACAGAAGGACCAACACAUGUACUGUUUCAGAUUCAUCACUGAUAAACCUAAUGUGAAAUGGACUGGUUAUCCAGGAGUGACUCUUACUGUCACAGAUCUUCAGGUGGAGGCUCCUGAGAGAGUGACAGAGGGUCAUAAUGUCAGUCUGACAUGUAAAAGCAGCUGCACUCUGACUGACAGAGCAACAUUCAUCUGGUACAGAAACUCACAGCAAUUAACUGAGAGAAGAGACAGAAACAAUCAACUCCUGCUGCAGUCAGUCAGAAGAGAGGAUGCAGGCAGAUACAGCUGUGCUCUACAUGGACACACUUACAUCUCUCCUGCUGCUCAGCUCAAUGUCUCCUAUGCACCAAAAAAUGUCUCAGUGUCCAUCAAUGGAUCUGGUGUAAUAGUGGAGGGAGAUUCAGUGACUCUGAUCUGCAGCAGUGAUUCAAACCCUCCUGCUCUGAACUUCAGCUGGUUUAAAGGAGGAACGUUUGUAGGAUCUGGAAGAAUCUACAGCAUCUCAAACAUCAGCUCUGAUGAUAGUAAAAAAUACAAGUGCAAGUCCAUCAAUGAACAUGGAGAGAAAUACUCUGAUGCUCUGAAUUUAAACAUCAUGUACUCUCCUAGAAGUGUCUCAGUGUCCAUCAUUAAGUCUGGUCAGUUCUGGGAAGGAGAUUCAGUGAUUCUAAUCUGCAGCAGUGAUUCAAACCCUCCUGCUCUGAACUUCAGCUGGUUUAAGGAGAAUCAAAGCUCAGCUGUUGGAUCUGGACAGAGUUUCAGUGCACUACAGAGUGGACGCUUCUACUGUGAGGCUCACAAUCAACAUGGAUCUCUGAGAUCAGACGCUGUUACUGUCACUGUUAAAGGACAUCUGGUGAUAUUGUACAUAUCCAUUGGAGUGGUUUGUGGAGCUGCAGUUGUCAUAAUGCUGAUAAGCCGAUGGAUUAAAAACAGAAAUGGUGCUCAGAAGUCUCAGGUGAAUCAUUCCAGACCUCACAAUGGCCUACACAAAACUUGCAUUGGUGAGAGGACUGAUCCUGUGUAUGAGAAUGUAGAGGCUGCUCAACAUGACUCUAAUACCUGUAAACCUGAUCUGAACUCUUCUGUGUAUGAAAAUAUUACAAAUAAAAAGAAGAAGAGGAUAUAGUGUUUUGGAAACAAAGCAAACAUUUUACACCAAAUCUUUGUUCGUGGAGACCUGUUUGAUUGACAGAAGUGUCAUGAUAUGGCUAAAGUAAUUUGUAAAAAAUAAAUAAAUAAAGUAAAAGGUUUUGAAAUUAUUAACUGAUGUAAAAGCAUGUAAUCACAAGUGUUUUUUCCUUUACAUUUUAUAUAUCUUAUACUACUUUACUUAGAUUUUAAAUGUUUUUAAUAUGUAUCAGUAAAAUGUUUAUGUUCUGCAUUAACCCUCUGGAGUCUAAGGGUAUUUUUGGGGCCUGGAGAAGUUUUGUCAUGCCCUGAUAUUUGUGCUUUUUUCAGUUUUUUAUAAAUAUCUAAAUGGGUAAAGUCUAAUGUCACUGUAAUCAGCACAAACUGGGCUAUAAUAAUAUGUGAAAUGCAUGCAUGUACCUGAUUGUAGUUUUGAGAAAAAAAAAAUGUUAUGCAUGGUUAGUGAAAAACUAAAAAUGUUAAAUCACUUGAAUAAGGCAAUAAAACACAUACAUAACAUUGGUUCCCGGGAUUGUUGAGAACUGGAGCUUUUAGCCUAGAAUUUGUCUUUCUAAAUUAUGUGAAAAUCACCUUGUUUACUCACUCACAGAAAACAAUAUAUUGAUUUAAAUUUUCUAAGACACUUUUUGUUGGUAAAAGUCAUAUAGGUGUCAACUAUCAUGAAUAUCAUUGUGAUAUACACCUGAGAAGACAAAGCCCUGCAUAAUGAGCUGCAUAAUGAGCCUCUCAUUCAGCUGAGCCACUGUGAGUGAGGAGUUACAAGAAAGAAUGUGAGAACAAAAUAAAUCUAUAUAAUUUUAUGUUUGUAGUUUAUUAAGAAUAUAUUUAACUAUCCCACAAUAUAAUUUAAUAUCCACUUGGGGGAGCAGUUAAACAGUUUAUUAGGGACAAUCAAAGCUUACUUUCAAACAAAUUGUUUGACAUCCUUACUCCAGUCACACAAUCCUUCAGAAAUCCUUUUAACAAUCUUAUUUUCUACCAAAAAAAAAAAAAAAAA